AUGGAUGAAGCAGUUGUUUUGAAAUAGAAAAAGUUGGCUGUGGGAAUGGUUAUUGCAGGCAAAUAUAAAUUAUUAGAGAAGAUCGGUGCAGGUUCAUUUGGAAUGGUGUUUAAGUCUUAGUAUUUAAAAAAUGGAGAUUUAGUAGCAGCAAAAUUUGAAAAACGAGAUGAUUCCCAAAAUGGAGUCAGUCUACUAAUCAGAGAAAUUAAGGUUCUGUCCGAAGUUAAUGGAUUGAAAGGUUAGAUUUACUAUUAAGCUAUAAAAAGGUUUUCCGCAAAUCAAGUUUUAUGGAAGGGAUGAAAAUUAUAAUUUCUUUAUGGAAACCUACUUAGGGUUAAAUUUGGAACAAUUACUAAGGAAAUGCGGCAAUAGAUUCUCGCUUCCUACUACAUUGAGAAUAGGGAUUCAGAUCAUCGAAAGAUUGUAUGUAUCUCGGUUGAUAUAGUUAGGUAAGCCUUUCAUGAGAAGAAUCUCAUCCAUCGGGAUAUUAAGCCAGAAAACUUUACUAUCAGCAGACAAGACGUUACUUAGAUAAUGGCUAUUGACUUUGGCUUAGCCAAAUAUUAUAGAGACACAGCUGGCAAACACAUUCCAUUUGUAAAUAACAAAGGUUUGAUUGGAACAGCCAGAUAUGCCAGCAUUAAUGCUUUAUUAGGUUUGUUUCUUAUUUGAAAAGGUAAUGAGUAGAGUAGAAGAGAUGAUAUUGAAGCCAUUGCCUAUGUGCUAAUUUAUUUUCAUCUUGGUGAAUUGCCUUGGCAGAAUAUCCAAGUGGCAUCGAAAGAGGAAAAAUACAAGCAGAUAUUGGUAUUGAAGUAGAAUAAUGAAUUGGAUAAGUAUUCUGACAAAAUUCCCAAAGUACAACUUAGAUUAAUUCAUAGUGUUUUAUGAAAAUGCUCAAAAUCUCUAAGUCUUACGAGUUUAAUCAAACACCUGAUUAUAUGGGUUUGACUAAAUUAUUGUAGGAUGAGUUGACAACUGAAGCUAAAAUGGAUUGGGAAUCUGUAUUAGAAACUAAUAAUGAUAAAAUGAGUGUUUCAAUUGACAUGAUAGAAAAUGAUAACUAAUUUGAUGAUCUACAGGAUGAUAAACAAUAAGAAGUUCUGAAUUCCAUGCAAAAGAUUUCUUAACAACAAACGAAGUUUAUUAACGGCAGAUUAAAUAAUAGUCGAAAUAAUAUCAUCUUUUUGAAGGUUCCAAAGAACAGCAUUGUUUUAAAUGAUGCUUAAAGUCCAGCAGGGACAAUUAAAUCAUUUAACACUUCUAAGGUGAAUCAUUAUGGAGGCAGUCAUAUUAACUUAAACACAUAAAAAUAAUUCAGUGAUUUGAGAGUUAAGUCCUGUGAAAACUUUUAAUAUAAUGAUGAAGAUAAUUAUGAGGCGGACUCUGACGAUUAGCCUUGCAUACUAUUUAAAAAUUUAAUUGUUGGUCGUUCUUCUUCUAAAAUGUGA